AUUUGAAUACGCAAUUUAGCUUGUUAAUUAAGUUGUUUACUCUCUUAAUCAGAAACAGAAAGAAAGAGUGAUUAGCUUUACAGCUCCACAAACGGGAAGCUUCUUCCGCUCUCUCUACUUAUCUUCACCACCACAACAACUACUCUUCCAUCAAAAUGAAAUGUCUGUAGCUUGCGGCGUCGAAUGCGUCGUCGUUUUGGGCUGCCUCCGCUGGGCAUGGAAGCGCUGCACCUACAUCGGCUCCUACGACAGCGAGAGCUGGGCCACCGCCACCUCCGACGAGUUCGCCUCCGUCCCCCGCCUCUGCCGCCUCAUCCUCGCCGUCUACGAGCCCGAUUUGCUCUCCCCCAAGUACGCCCCCGCCGGCGGCUACCGCCUCAACCCCGAUUGGGUCGUCAAGCGCGUUGCCUACGACCACACGCUCGGCCACGCCCCGCCCUACCUGAUCUACGCCGAUCACGAAAAUCGCGAGAUCGUCAUGGCCAUCCGCGGCCUCAAUCUCCUCAGCGAGAGCGAUUACAAGCUGCUGCUCGACAAUCGGCUGGGGCAGCAGAUGUUCGACGGCGGUUACGUGCACUGCGGCCUCCUCAAAUCCGCCACGUGGCUGCUCAACGCCGAAUCGGAGACGCUGCGGCGCCUCUGGGAGGAGAGUGGGAGGUGCUAUAAGAUGGUUUUCACGGGGCAUUCGUUGGGCUCGGGUGUUGCCGCUUUGCUGACUGUGAUUGUAGUCAAUCACGGGGAUCAAUUGGGGGGGAUUCCGAGGAGCUUGGUCAAGUGUUAUGCGGUGGCGCCGGCGAGGUGUAUGUCGCUCAAUUUGGCCGUCAAGUAUGCUGAUGUUAUCAACUCUGUUAUUUUGCAGGAUGAUUUCUUGCCUAGAACACCCACACCAUUGGAGGAUAUCUUCAAGUCUAUUUUCUGUUUGCCCUGCUUAUUGUUUCUGGUCUGUCUGAGGGAUACAUUCAUACCUGAAGGUAGAAAGCUCAGGGAUCCAAGAAGACUAUAUGCGCCUGGCCGUAUAUAUCAUAUUGUCGAGAGGAAAUUUUGCCGAUGUGGGAGAUUUCCACCAGAGGUCAGGACCGCUAUUCCUGUUGAUGGCAGAUUCGAGCAUAUUGUGUUGUCGUGCAAUGCUACAUCUGAUCAUGCUAUUAUCUGGAUAGAACGAGAGGCAGAAAAGGCCUUGGGAAAUUUAAGGGAGCAGGAUGCAGAGACCAUAACAACCCCACCUAAAGUGCAGAAGUUCGAGCGUAUUCUGACAUUGGAGAAAGAACAUAAGGAUGCAUUAGAGCGAGCUGUCAGUCUAAAUAUACCUCACGCGGUGACGUCUGCUGAAGAAGAACCCCCAGAGGAGGGAUCUUCAACAGGCAAAGAGCCUCGUGAAGAUGACACUGGGCCGGAAGAACAAACAGAUAAAUCAUUUUGUAAGAACGCUAGGAACAAUUGGAAUGAAGCGGUUGAGAAACUCUUCCAUAAAAGCGAGUCUGGGAAGCUGUUGCUCAAGAGGGACGGUUCUGCCUCGGCAAGUGGCUCUGGAUCAACAACAGGAAGGUGAUCACACUAAGCAUAGUUGCCGCUUUAUGUUACAUAUUAUUUCUUACCAUUCUUUCAUGCACAGGAAUUGUUGUAUUAUACUAUCGUUUUUCAGCUGUAAAUCUUGCAAAACAUGCAUUUUUCUCCUUUUGGUUUGUUCAGCUGUAAAUUUUCCAAACAUUCUAUUGAGAUUUCAUAGCAUUCUUUCUUCA